CAAAAAGUAGGCAUACUACGUACAAAACAAAUUAAAUCGUCAUGGGUCGGUUCGUUCAAAGAAAAGUCUCUCGGCAUACUUUGUUUGGAGUCCAGCCAACUGACGGGCUAGUCCUUUCAAACGUUGACAAUCGGCUGUUCACAACCACAUAGUCGUGUUUCAGAACAUUGUCGUCCACCCCAAAACGACGAAAUAACACCGGGAAAUAACACCAAAAACACCGAAAACUGAACCAGUUCGCAGCACCGUGCAGUGUCAAAACAGCGGGCCGUGCUGCGCGGGACGGGACCGGGACGGCGGGACUGACUCGCGUGUGGUAAAACCGACAUUUUUCUCGUACUCGCGGAGUAAAACUCAUCGCCAUCAACAACGAUGCCUUUUGCCAAAACUUCCACCCUCCUCUUAGCCCUCUUUGCGGGUUUUGUCGGGCUGAUCUUGGGCGCAGUGUCCAUCGGCACGCCGUACUGGACCCAAUCCACAUACAGCGGGCCAGUCAGGACUUACUUCAUGAGUAACGGGACGAUGUUGCCUCAGCCCCCUCCGAGGAUGCUGAUUCGGAACCGGGGAUUGUGGGUUUUCUGUCAUUAUUUGUUGAAUGUGAACUAUACUGAUUAUGGAGAAGUAACGGAAAGCGAUGAACCAGAAGAUGCUUUUGUAGAAUGCGAGGCCUAUAACUUCACAUCGAGCAUAAAAGCCAGUGCCCCAGGGGCCUCGUACUUGAGUGUUCGGUUUUACAUGGAAAAAUCUGCCUGCGUCAUAGCGUGUGCAGCGCUCAUGAUGCAGUUCUGUGCCGCCAUGACCAGCCUCCAGGGGACGUGGACCAUGCUUACCGUUCUCUUCACAGACAGCGGCAUCAUGUUCUUAAUAGGAGCCUUCUUCAAUCUUCUCAGCACCCUGUUCUUCAUGGUCAGCUUCAUCUACGGCACCAACGAGGUCCCCGAGGUGUUACCCCCGUUCCCGACGGGCUACCAGCUCAACUACUCCUGGUCCUUCUUCCUGGCCUGGGCGUCGUUUGGCCUGACGCUCCUGAGCGGGACGCUGUACCUCCUCAUCGCCCGGGCGUGGCACCAGGAGGAGGUGUGGGUGCGGGCCGUCUUGGAGAAACCGGGAGCCAACAAGAAGGAGGAAACGAUGAGCUCGCGACGGAAACUCAUGGGGAAACUCUGAGGUGGGGGAGCUGACCAAGACAGAGAGAGAGACAGGUGCUUAAGUGCUUUCAUGUAGUAUUCACUGAAGUGGAUUUAACCAAUACUGGAAUCGAACCCCAUAACUCUAAUUUGAUAUUCCGGUGUUCAAAAAACUGAAGAAUCAUUAUAAUGGUGAGCCUCCUUUUCUUAAGUUUGAAGGGGGAACAGACCAAGAGAGAGUGC